GAGUAAAUGCUCUUUGCUGUCACCUUUUGACUCUUUGGUUAACCUUUUCUUUCUUUUAGGUCAGCGUCCUCUUCUUUCUUUCUUUCCCCUCUCUUUUUUCUUUCUAUAUAUGCACACCCUUCCACCAAGCCACUAACCUUAGCCUUACUCGCUUGUCUUAGCAUUUUCCCAAGAAACUCAAAAAGCUAGAGACCACCAAUUUCAACCCACACCUAUUUCUUUUUCUUCUUCUUUUACUUCUUUUCUUCUUCAUCUCCACCACAAAUUUAUUUUUUUCUUUUUAAGAGAGAAAAAUAGAUAAAGGAGAAAGGUGAAUAUGGGUCGGCCUCCUUGUUGUGAUAAAGAGGGCGUCAAGAAAGGACCAUGGACUCCUGAAGAAGACAUCAUUUUAGUCUCCUACAUUCAAGAGCAUGGUCCUGGAAAUUGGAGGACUGUUCCUACCAAUACAGGAUUGCUCAGAUGUAGUAAAAGUUGCAGGCUUCGUUGGACUAAUUACCUUAGGCCUGGGAUUAAACGUGGUAAUUUUACUGACCAGGAGGAGAAGAUGAUCAUCCACCUUCAAGCUCUUCUUGGCAAUAGAUGGGCUGCAAUAGCUUCAUACCUCCCACAGAGAACAGACAACGACAUUAAAAACUACUGGAACACAUACUUGAAGAAGAAGCUCAAUAAGCUUGAAACAGGUUUAUCAGCAGCUCAUUCUAGAGAAGGGUUUUCAUCAACAACUUCACAAUCCAUGUCCAGAGGUCAAUGGGAAAGGAGGCUUCAGACGGACAUUCACAUGGCUAAGCAAGCUCUGUCUGAAGCUCUGUCCCCUGACAAACCCCCAACCACUUUAUCUGACUUUGAAUCCUCUAAUUCACCCGUUUCUUGCAAUAAACCACCACAAGGAUCUUCAAGCUACGCAUCAAGCACAGAGAACAUAGCUCGGUUGCUCAAAGGUUGGAUGAGAAAUCCAGCUAAACCAGCAAGAAAAAGCUCAGCCACAGCCACAGCCACUACUACUCAGAACAAUUCCUUGAGAAAAAUUUGUGCAGGGAAUGAAUCUGCAUCCAGUGAAGGGACACAAAGUGCAGCAAAUUACAACAGUGGGAUGGAAAUGUGUGAGGCUGCUUUGGAAUCCUUGUUUGGGUUCGAGUCCUUUGAGUCUUCCAAUUCGGAUUUGUCUGGGUCUGUGUCCCCUGAUGCUAGCUUAUUCCAAGAUGAGAGCAAGCCUGAUACUCCAAACGUUGAUCAAUUGCCUCUUUCAUUGCUGGAGAAGUGGCUGUUUGAUGAAAGCGCUAUUAGUACUACUCAAGGGAAAGAACAACAACUCAUUAGCAAUUAUAAUGAUAUGACACUAGUCCAAAAUGCUGACUUUUUUUCUAGCUAGGUAGCUAUAUAGCUUUGGUACUAGUUAAUUAAUAUUGGUUUUGUUGGGUUUAUCUUUGGUUCUCCAUCUUUGGAACUGUUAAGAAGUUAUUAAUUUCACAGUUCUACAUGAGAGUAGUCAAGUUUGUUACUAUCACUUUUAAUGUUAGACCAUAAAAAAGAAAGUGUAAAUUUCAUAUUUAUUAUGUUAAAUCGCUUUGGCCCUUA